AUGAUUGCUAUUACUGACAAGGCUAGGAUUUGGUGUGACAAUCUUGAUAAGGUUGCAGAUGCUUUUGUGGAUCAUUAUAAGUCUCUUCUUGGGACUGGUGAUGGUGAUAGGAUUAAUGUGCAGGAUGAAAUUGUGAAACAUGGCGACAAGGAUUUUAUUGAUCUUAUUCUGAGGAGUUUGUAUACCUUUGUUGUUGCUUCUUGUUUGGUGGCUAAUGAAGGGAUGUCCAACAUUUAUUGUUGUAAUGUUGAGCAUGAUGUGAAAGAGGACAUAAUUAGAUCCUCUGGUUUUAAGGAGGGAACUCUUCCUUUCAAGUAUCUAGGCAUUAAUGUGAGUGCUAAGAAAUUAGCUAAGGAUGAUUUCAAGAUGCUUAUUGACAAGAUUACUGGAAGAAUUAGGUCUUGGGGAUGCAAGACUCUUUCUUAUGCUGAUGGGGUGGCUGCAAUUUACAGAAACUUCUUAUGGAGUGGGAAAGAAGUUUACACUAAGUCUCCUCUUAUAGCUUUGGACAUAGUUUGUAGAAGUAAGAAACAGGGUGGUUAG